GCGCCGGAAGCGGCGGUUGGAGCCGAGCGGGGACGUCGCUGCGGGGCGGGCCGGGCCAGGCCGCUCCGCGCCCCGCACCCCGCGCCUGCCGCCCCCCGGGGGCUCAGCCCAGCCAUGAGCUGCCGGCAGCCGCUGCCGAGCGAGCGGGGAGCGAGACAGAGGAAGAGGAGGAGGAAUGGGAAUGAGGAGGAUGGGCACGUUCCCCAGACCAAACGUACCACCAGGAGUAGUGUCCUGCAGGACUCUUGGGAUACUGAGAAAGUGGCGGUAACGAAACACAGUAAGGAGCACAGAGUAAAAGGAAACAAAGUGUCCUGUGCGUCCUCCAGCAGCGAUAGCGGCAGCAGCAGCAGCAGCUGUAGCAGCAGCAGCAUCAACAGCCCCGACAGAGUGUGCGGUGCAGAGACCAGCCUGAACCCCAGCAUGGCAGGAUCCAGCCCUGUCUCCUCUCAGUCUUUCCACGAGCAGUCUGCACUAAGCCAAGGCCCUUACUUCCACAUCAACCAGAUCCUGAAGGAGGCACAUUUUCACAGCCUACAGAGCCGGGGACGCCUUCCCACAUGAUGGACCAGCAGUUCCCUGCCUUCUGUGAAGGGACAGCACUGUGUAGAUUGGAUAUUUCAACUUCAAAGUUUGGUAAAAUGGAAUUGCACAAAACGCCUGUUGCCUUUUCAGUCUAUAUUUGAGAUAACAGGUUAACAGGGAGUUGUUUACUUGUGGUUUGCUGCACUAUUGCAAUGCAAAAGGGGCUUGGAAGCAAUUUUUAUAGGAUUCUUUUUUGGGGUGGUUAUAAAGUCAAGAGGAGACUGAGGAAUCCACAUCUGUGUUAUAGGAUUGCAAAAUGUCCAAUUCCAAUCGACUGCCUAAUCUGUUUGUUGGCAAUUUGUUGCUUUAUGUCAAGUUCUCUCAAAACAUUCAUCUUCAGUUUUCUAAGUCUUUUUUAAUUUCAAUAAACUAGUAAAAAUCUAUUUGGCAACAUAAUUUUUUUGAGCAUUUAGAGUUAGUAAGACAGAGCAGAGGUGCUGUCCCUGCAAUCCCUGAGGGCUGCCUUGGCUCUGAACUUCCACCCAGCUCGGUGUGCAAUGAGCCUUCUCUUGCUUGAUCUUUACUGCUGCAGUACUGGAAAGAAAUAAUAUGUGAAACUAGAAGUUGGAAAGGUUGGGCAGUUGUAGCUGGAAUGUCAGGUGCCUGUAGGGAGCAGAUUUCUGGGGCCUGUGGAGAAAUGCAGCCACCUGGGGAGGGGCUUUUGAAGGUGGAGUCUUAGGUUGCUCCAGUACCUAUUUCUAGCUGUGAAAUGUUUUCUUUUCUGUUACAGUGUGUAGGUUGGUGGUUGUUGUUUUUUUUUUUUUUUCUUUAAUUUGACUUUAAGAACUCAUAAGGAAUAGAAGGUGAAAGAGUGGCCACCCCUCUGCUCCAGCAGCCAGAGGGCAAGGACAAUCCUGACCCUGUCUGGCUCAAGGGGCACACAAUGACCUGGCUAAGGAUGAAACAGUCCUUCCCUUCUGACAGCACCAGCAGAGGAGUCAGCAUCCCUGCCCAGGGCAGAGCCAUCUCUGUGGAGACAAACACACAGGGAAAUGUUUUAUUUUUUAUUGCAUCACUUGGUCAUGCCAGAAAGCCAGCCCAGCUUGAAGAGAGAAGGGGCAGCUGUGUCUUCCUCCUCCGUUACCAGCUGCCGGAACAAGGAGCCAGGGCGCAUGGCCUCCUCCUCUGCUCUUGCCAGUGCAGGAGGUGGAACCUGUUUUGAAGAACAGAAGUGUCACAGAAGUGUGAAGAACAGCACACCUCUGGCUCCAUACCCACACCUACAACAGUUGCAAGGAUGUGGAGACUACAACAGAACAGCUCUUCCCAAGCAACGUGAGCUUGAACCACAACCUGAGCAGUGUCACUCCUGGUGGUUGGUGACAAGCAGGUGGCAGCAGCACAGCACCUGGCUGCUGUUGGCAACAGGGAGCUGGUCAGGUGUUAGUCAAUGACACCCCCUCUCCCCUCCCAAGAAAAAUCGUUCUGAACUGCAGGGUUCUGAGGCUGCUGCUCUCAGAGCAGGGUGAUGACAACGUGGUGGGAAUACAGCUGCUGCCUUUGCAGAGCUGUUCUGGACUAACUAUGAAUUGAGCCUCUCCUGAACUGUUUCAGCAGAAAACAAGGAGCAAGGACUUGUCAGGGAUGCUGGGAAGCAUGGCUGGUGAUGAACAUCCAUGUGCCACCACGAGGAGCAAGCCAAACAUCACUGCACACUUCACGCUCUGCUGCAGCUGAGGUGUGAGAGGCACAGAAUCCCCUCACUGGGAAGCCUCGGGCUUUUCAACAGCCCCUACAUUAGGUCUGGUCCUUAAUGCUUCUGAAUAAUGAACAGUUGCAGAGGAAACAUCAGCAUCUCAAGUAACAUUCUCUGCUUGGGUAAAACUAGACUCCUCUGUUCCCGUUGAAAAGGCAUCCCCACAGAUGGAUUACUGGGAAAUUAACAGCCAAAGGAAACACAUUCCUGACUGCAGCUUCCUGUAGCAGUGAGGUAUCCCUUGGCUCUCUCAGACCUCAGCAUGGAGAACUCCAUUUAAGCAGAUGCUUUAAACUGGGGGAAACGAAGCAACAGAAGGGUUGUCUGCAGCUAAAGCCCAGAGCAGAACACACAAGCCUUUGCAAGAGCAGUGAGCCACUCUGUGCACACAGGCUUCGAUACCCCAGCCAGGCCUCGUCGGGAGUUAAAGGUCGGGAUCGCACUGGAAAGGAGGGCAGAUAAUGAGCUGGUGUUCCUUCCCCUCUCCCACAGCCAUCUUUAAAUGAAUUGUCUUAUAUGCGUUGCUCUCAAAAUGCCUCCUCUCUGUAAGUCUUCACUGCGUUUUCAUGGUGGUUGUUGCCUGUGUUUCACCAGGGAGCAGUGGGCCCCAGAAACAGGGGGGCUGUCAGAAGUGGGUUUUGAGGGUCAGGGGGAAACCCAAACCAUCCCAUGCUGUGUUACCUUCAUGGUUCUUAUUUUACCGAAAAUAAAAACCAGGUUAAGUAUUAA